CCACAACUAGGGUAUUCGACGAAACCAUACAGCUUAGUGCCGAUACUCAUCGUUAUUCCGAACAGAAUACGAGAUCAGAUCCGAUGUCAGGGUCACUCAUGACAGAGCGCUCGGUGUACAGCUACGACUCGUUUGACUCCAAUGCCAACCUCAGCACCGUCAACGGUUCCACGAGCACCCUUGUGAACGCAGGCGCCGGCGACAUGAACAAGAUGUUCGACUUCUCAGAGCUCGAGGGCAAGGACGUCGCGACUCAGCUGUCUAUUCUGAAUACCAUGAUGGGGACAGCAAAACGGACAAAAGAGGGUGCUGAAGCCGUGCUCAACGACCGCUCGAACGACAAGUUGACGGAAGGGUUCAGGUCGAGCGUUGAAGCGGAACUGAGAACGGCACAGAGCAGGAUGCAGAUGAUCUCACAGAAGGUCGAGCAGCUACGGAGGACUGCCGACGAUAGAGACGACUUCCAGACUGCCAUUCAACAAGCGUCCGUCUACGUCAAAACCCUGUCAUCCGCCGGACGAUCCGUCAUCUCUCCAACCACAUCACCCACUUCGUCCUCCCAUGCCACUGCUGCUAACACUAGUGAUGACGCGGACAAGAUCAGGAUAGGCGCCAUGAAGAAUUUGAUCACUAUCCUACAACGGAAUCUUCGUGUGCGGUACGAGUUAAAUGUCGCCCAGGUCGUACAAGCUGUUCUACCAGCAUUUUCGGAUCGGUGCUCUGAACUUUGUCGCGCGAUGGCGUACCGGCUUUUGAGGCAUACGAUCGUGGACAUGGAUUCCGUGAAACGACUCCGAGAACAGCCACUCGACUGGUAUAUCGUUAAAUCGUUAACCCUGGACAACAAGCACACGGUCGAAAAGGAACAGGUCAUAAAAUUCAUUCGUGCCGUUGUCGAGAUCGGAUCCCAACGAAGUGGGCCACACACCGCCCCGUGUUCAGGGAACGUACCCCUCUCAGAACCUGUUAUGCGUGCUUUCAACGCUGUCGCGGAACAGCCUGACGAUCCUUUCAAGUCAAUAUGCGUGCAGACUCUUGCGGAAAUCCUUUUGAUUGAUAUCGAGCUGGUGGCGAAGACGGGUGGUAUACGAGUGCUAUUGAACGUGCUCGCUGAGGGACCGCUUGAACUUGCACCACUUCUAACCCCUGUAUUCCUGUACAUCGCGGAUUCACCACGCACGAGGGCAUAUCUACAUGCUGGGAUCGAUCUUGAGAUUGCAUUCUCUGGUAUCACGGACGCGUACGGGAAGGAUUCGGACCAUCUAGAGAGGAUGAAGAGUGUCUCUCGGAUGGUAACCAGCAUGUUGCGGAAUUGGAGCGGACUGAUGUACUUCUGCAUGGACAACAUGCGGGCUAUACGAGCUCUGAUCGACACCCUUCGAAUACCUUCACUGGAGUCCCGAGAAGUUGUCCUGGAUAUGUUCUUCGAUCUCUUAAAUAUCAAGACGCCGGAAUGGUAUCAAACAUUCAUCAACGGGAAGCGGUUAACAAUGUACCGCAAAUCGCGAAACAGCCACGAACAUGUGAAAGCUCCUGACCCUGCACAACAAACCUCAGAGCCACUGAAGCUCACAGACCAAUAUAUCGCGCUGUUGAUAUUAGUGUUCACGCAGGCUGGUUUGUUGGACGCCUUGACGUCGAUGUUUCAAGAAACGACAACGGGUUCCAACUUGUCGAGGAAAGCAACGUUACUCAUGGCUGAAGUCCUCCAACUCGCGAAUAAAGUCUUGCCUCUAUCAAUAGCCGCAAAAGUCCAGCUCAUUCCAGAAGUCUUCAAUCUCGCCUCCGACUACGAUCACGGUGAACACCGUAUAGUGGGGACCUCAGCCUUGUCGUCCAUUGACAGUUUCAACAGGAAUCGUGCGAGGUUGCAACCUAAUGCGGGGUCGGUGGUAGGGCGACCGAGGGCGAAUUCCGUGGAGGACGUGUUGAGGCGGAAUCGACAGGUGGAGCAGGUUAGGAUUAGAGUGGGGCUACAGAUGGAUGACAAGACGUUUUCUGCGUCGUUGGUUGAAAGUCAAGUCAUGCUCACGAAAGAUCACAACAAAUGGAAUUUCGAGAUGCUGCAAGAACUCAUCGAGGGCCCUCUUCUCAAUCCGAAGAGGAUGGAGGAAGCGGUGAAGGUGUCGCGGUUCAUAAGACGGCUGAUGUCGUUUUAUCAUCCGUUCAACCAUCGGUUCUCUGAUAUGGAGAGGAAUAAGGCAAAUCAACGAUGGGUACGGCUGGGCUGUGCGCUGUUGACUACGCUCAUGGCGAGUGCGGAUGGACUCCGUUAUCUGUCCUCGGAAGACGAUUUCCUGAAACAAAUCGUGAGAGGGUUCGCGCAGCUUGAUCCUUUCAAUGGCACACCAGAGUCAGACCCUAUCUUCUCGAAGAAACGGGUAGCGGAUACCUUGACAUACGGGUAUCUUGAGAUGCUUGGGACGCUCAGCAAACAUAAGGAGGGGAUCGAGCUAAUGGAAAAGUUCAAGGUCUUCACUGCGUUCUAUCACUUGAGCGAACUACGAAGUCGAGAGGACCUUAUCAAGGGAAUUAUCGAAAAUAUCGACUAUAGCAUUGAUGGGCAUCCUCGAAUCGUCCUGUCCAAGGCUCUGACAUCCAGCUACAAGCACAUCCGACUAUACGCCACCAACCACCUCGGCGUUAUGAUUCGCAACAGCCCGACCGCUAACGCCUGGACACUCCGACUUUUACUGACUCAAUUAUACGACCCCGCUAUGGAGGUCUGCGAGACGGCGGCUCAUUUCUUGGAAGAGGCGUGCGAGUCCAUGGACAUCCUGCAGCUGGUCGUCGUAAUGCAGCCCACGCUGGACCACCUGGGUGAGAUUGGACACGGGCUUCUUCUAAAGUUCAUGUCGACGCCUAUGGGUUUCCGGUAUCUUUUCGAUGCUGGGUAUAUCGACAGAGAGAUGGAUAUGUGGUUUCAUGAACGCAACAUCCACUACGUCGUCCAAAUCGAGGUCUUCCUCGCUAGGUCAUUCAAUUUCAUACCCACGGACGACGAAGACCUGUUUGCCUUUGAUGGCGUCGUUCCACCUCAUUUCUAUGGCGAGAUGGCCAAGACCGAGCUUGGCUGCCAAGUCUUGCAGGAGAAGGGUCACUUUGCGGACUUCGCGCAUUUCAUAAGGCAACACGGUCUAGAGAAUGAGGACCCGGAGGUGAUACUGAAGUUGAAGAGUAUCAUGUGGACGGUGGGCAAUAUUGGGUCGACUGAGCGAGGAUUGCCAUUCUUGGAGGAAGAGGAGAUCAUCCCUACGAUCUUGGACAUCGCGGAGCAAUCGCUCGUGAUGUCCGUCCGAGGAACAUGCUUCUUCGUUCUUGGUUUGAUAUCGUCAACGCCACAGGGUGCAGAGAUCCUGGAUGAUUAUCGUUGGGAGGCAACGCUUUCAUGUCUUGGCCUUCCUACUGGUCUUUGUAUACCAGUGAACAUCGAUAAAUUUAUCUCAAUACCGCCCUGGGGACCUGCAUCGUCAGGUGAUGAAUACCAUCCACUUACGCCACCGACAUCAGAGGCCGAGCAAGAGGUCCUGACUGCCAUUUCGAACUUGUCGAAUACCGUUAUAGCAAAUACCGCUUCACGGACGCUGGCUAAGCUGAAAACACGACCUGAAUACCGCCCGCUGUUCACUUCCGUUUCCAUGUUCUAUCGUGCCCUCGACAUGAUCUCCACCUCCCGUUAUCGUCUCCCCGUUCGCCGCUUCAUCAUCGACCUCUUUGACGUCCCACUAGAUCCACAAGUCGUACAGCAGCUAGUGGAAUACUCCAGGACACUUAAGGCCGUUCCUUCGAAGAGUCCAAAGCGAGCACCGAACAGUCGGGUGGUCAGCGUCCUGUUCCCGCCACCUAGACACAAUGAGUCUGAGAGUGACGAAGAGGAUGAGAUGCCCAAGGCUCAGGUACAGAGACCGAAAGGGAAGGAUGACGCCCCGGUGAUCAGCUUGAGGCCUGCGAUCCAAAUAGUGGGAUUCGGCGAUGAUUCAGAUUGAGAGUUGCAAGGUAGGUGCUGGUGGGUGUUGGAGCUUGGACGUGAUCACAAUGAUAUUUGGAGGAGACACUGCACGACUUUUGCUUCUGGAUUCAGAACGGACGGGGCCUUACGGUCUGUAUGCUUAGUAUUUGUUUUUUCUGCUCGCUUUCACUGUAUAUCUAUGCAAAUAUCGGACAUUGAAGAUACC